GAAGUUUCAGUGUCCGGCUCUGCUCUGCUCUGCCAGGGACAAAGCCUGAACGCACAGCCUGCACUGCGCAUGCCCGGUUCUCCCUCCUCUGUAUCGAGGGUAAUGGCUGCUGGCUGAGAUGAGCGGAUCGGCCGCAUCCUUUGAGUGUGAGGCUCUCCCUGUUAGAGGACCGUUAACUCGGGCGGUGCCUAGUUAAAAUGGUCGAUAUCCGACCCGAAAAGCAUCCCGAAACCGUUGUACAUAUUGCGAACAUCGUCCUUCAGAUAGCACCCACUGUUCACAUCCCGUCUUAGUGGUCAGUUCUGCCUGCUGAUCAGAGUUCAAGCUGAGGUCAUGGCAGUGAAGGACCGUGUAGAGGCAGUGCUCAAUGUGGGUCUGCGUGUUCCCAGCAUCAUGCUGCUAGAUGUCCUGUACCGCUGGGACGUCAGCUCAUUCUUCCAGAAGAUUCAGCGCUCCAGCCUCUCCAACAACCCGCUCUUUCAGUACAAAUACCUGGCACUCUACCUGCAUUACGUAGGUUACAUCCUGAGUUUGGUGCUCCUGACUCUUCCUCGUCAGCACCUGGUUAAACUCUACCUAUAUGUCCUUACGGCCCUUCUGCUGUUUGCUGGUCACCAAGUCUCAAGGGAUUAUGUCCGCAGUGAACUGGAGUCUGGCUUUGAAGGACCUGUCUACCUGGAACCUCUGUCCAUGAACAGAUUCACCACUGCUCUCAUAGGUCAGCUUGUGGUGUGUACGCUGUGUUCCUGUGUGAUGCAGACCAAGAGGAUUUGGCUUUUCUCUGCUCACCUCCUCCCUCUGGUGGCCAGACUGUGCCUGGUCCCACUGGAGACCAUUGUCUUCAUCAAUAAGUUCUCCAUGAUCUUCACAGGCCUGGAGGUCAUUUACUUCCUGGCUUCUAACUUGUUGGUACCAUACAACCUGGCCAAGACUGCCUACAGGGAGCUGGCUCAGGUGGUGGAAGUCUACGGGCUGCUAGCUUUGGGAAUGUCUCUAUGGAACCAGCUGGUCCUUCCAGUUCUCUUCAUGUGUUUCUGGCUACUGCUGUUUGCUUUGCAGAUCUAUUCCUACUUCAGCACCAGAGACCAGCCUACCUCAAGAGAGAGGCUCCUUUUCCUCUUUCUUACCAGUAUUGCAGAAUGUUGUAGUACACCGUACUCCCUGCUGGGUCUGGUUUUCACCGUCUCAUUCAUUGCUCUGGGAGUUCUUACACUCUGCAAGUUCUACCUUCAAGGUUACAGAGCCUUUAUGAAUGACAACACCAUGCACAGGGGGAUGACAGAAGGCAUCACCCUGCUGAUCCUUGCUGUCCAGACCGGCCUCAUUGAGCUUCAGGUCAUCCACCGAGCCUUCCUACUCUCCAUCAUCCUCUUCAUUGUUGUUGCUUCCAUCCUGCAGUCCAUGCUGGAGAUAGCUGACCCCAUAGUCCUGGCACUGGGAGCAUCCAGAGACAAGAGUUUGUGGAAGCACUUCAGAGCCGUGUCUCUGUGUCUCUUUUUGCUCAUCUUUCCAGCCUACAUGGCCUAUAUGAUCUGUCAGUUCUUCCACAUGGACUUCUGGCUCCUCAUCAUUAUCUCCUCCUCCAUUCUCACAUCCCUGCAGGUCCUGGGCACUCUGCUCAUCUAUGUUCUCUUCAUGGUGGAGGAGUUUCGUAAGGCUCCAGUAGAGAACAUGGAUGAAGUUAUCUACUGUGUCAAUGGGACCUACAGAUUGCUGGAGUUCCUGGUUGCGGUGUGUGUGGUGUGUUAUGGAGUGUCAGAGACUGUAUUCGGGGAGUGGAGCGUGAUGGGCAGCACCAUCAUCCUGGUCCACUCCUACUAUAACGUUUGGCUCAGAGCCCAGCUAGGCUGGCAGAGCUUCCUGCUCAGGAGAGAUGCUGUAAACAAGAUCAAGAGCCUCCCCACGGCCAGCGACACACAGCUGGAACAGUACAACGACAUCUGUGCUAUCUGCUACCAGGACAUGAACAGUGCUGUGAUCACUCCAUGCAGUCAUUUCUUCCACGCUGGCUGUCUGAAGAAAUGGCUUUAUGUCCAGGAGACAUGCCCCCUCUGUCAUUCCCAACUCAAGACCCAAUCACCAACCACAGCUGUGCCCAACCAAGACGCCCCUGCAGCCAAUCAGAGCCCAGUAGGGCAAAAUGAAGCCACAGCCAAUAAUAAGCAGAGAGACAACUGGAAGGAGGAGGGAACAGAAGAGCAAGAGGGAGAUAAUGGACCCAUCAUGUCAGCUGGAGAAACCUCCGCCUCUGGUGUGCUCUCUGCUCCCCAGCACCUGACCAAGUCUUCAUCAUCAUCUUCCACUGCUCCUUCUCCACUUGUGACUGAAACAAAGGACGAGUCGCCCUCAGAUGAGCCCUCUUCAUCUUCUUCUGACACAUCUUACAUACCUCCUGCCACCUCCAGCUCUCACCACUUGUCCUCACAGGCUCUGGCCCGGGCAGAGAUGAGCCCUGCUGGACCUGCACCUUCCCCUCAGCUAAACCCACGUGUCCUACUGGACAGCCAGGAGUCAUCUACUGAUCUAUCAUCACAGCCCACUUCCCCUUCUGAGGAACAGAGUCCACCAUGCAGCCUCUGAGCCUCACCGUAACACACACUACAUUCAUGCAUGCACAUGUAAACACGCAAUCUAAAUAUUCCAUUUGCCAAUAUUCUGCCUAUAUUCUUCCAAUGUUGGCCGUCCCAUCGUGUCAGAAAUUCAAUCCCAAACCUUCCAUUUCACUUUUCAAGAAAAAAUGCAAAACAAUCUCGAAGCAGAUUUUCAUCAUUUAGCAUUAAAAUGCUGCAAUUUUUCUUGGAACAUUUUAUCUAAAUUUGUUUCAGUGACUUCAACAUUCACGCCAGCAAUGACUUCAUUCAGGCUGGCAGAACUUUUCCAUUUUAUUCCUCCUCUGUUUUGGAGAGGGGAUUCAGGCUUGACACAAAAAGGAGAAAACAGUAAUCUCAUCUCACAAAGAAUUGGUAGUUGUACACCUUGUCCAUGGAAUGUGAAUCAUGAAUGAAAGUAUCACAUCACUCCAUCUUUUUUUUCCCCCACUCUUUCUCAGAUUUCUCAUCAAUAUUAGAUCUGUAGUGACAUGCUUUCCUGCUCAUUUAAGUCCCAGACAUUUCAUGUGAUGGUUGCUUCCAUCCUGCCUUCAUGUGUGCAGCUUCAACUCCUUCAUUGCUGUACGUUUCAUAGUAUUUCGGUUCUCUCCGUAGUCCUGUACGUGCCAUGGUCUGUGGAGGAAUGGGUCAGAGGUUUAGCGGGCCUUGAUAGACUAGCACUAAUUGAUGGUUGCAUUUUAAACAGUGAAGCUGUUUUGUGAAGUACAAAUCUCUCCAUGGGUUUGAAGAUGUUUGGUUUUCACUGUUGGAUGACAGUAGUUGUGUGUAUCUGUGAAUACACUAACAGAAACUGAAUGUUGUUUCUUGAGCCCAUCACAUGACCUGUAGCCUGGUGCUAAGCAGAGGAUCCAUGCUGUGUUCACAUGGAAUUUCUUUCAUGUGUUAAGCGCUCUCUAAUAUACUGCUUCAAUAUUUGAAUCAAACUUGUUUGGCUGGUCCCAGCAAAAAAACUAUUCUAUUCCUCAUCGCCAAACUUUUGUAUUCCUGUUAAAGAGAUGUUAUUUUUAAGGUCAUUUUUACAUUACGGCUUUAAUGAAAGCACGCAAUGCAGACGGACUGACACUGAGGGAGAGGAGGGAGGUGACAGUUUGUUGUUGUGACGAUGUGGAGUGUAAAUGAACCCACAGAGCCGGCGAGGAGCCCAAACUUUGUAGUCUUUGGUUUAUUCAUGGUACUCACCCGCACUCAUCUUCCCGAGCUCACAAACACAUUAAACCAGUUCCACUGAGACCAUUCAUCUUAAGUUUGCCAUGGAGCCAGAGAUUUUUGCCUCUCUCUUAUGGCAAGAGCCAAUCACCUUGCUCCAUCCACCUAAACCAAUCACAUCAAGUACCUUGUGUUUUCUAAGACCACCAUUAUCGUUCUGUUGCUCAGUCACUUGGCUCCACUAAAUGUUACUACCAGCAACUUGAGCCGUUUGAUAAGAAAGCUUCUUUUUUUUUCUAACACACACACACACACACACACACACACACACACACACACACACACACACACACACACACACACUCUGUGUCGGUCCCUUGCCUGGGACAAACGGUGCAGAACGGGGAAGAAGUGUGUGUUGACAAGUCUGUAGGUUUCAUUGAAAGAUUUAGAAAACUUGAGAAUGCUGAGUCCUGAUGCACGCUUAUACGUAGAGCUUGCACGCUGCCACUGUUACCAUAGCAUUUAUUCGUUGGUCCCCAAUGUGCUCCUGCCUUGUUACCAAUGUUUUUCCGCUUUUUUCUUUCUUUCUUUGUUUUUUUGGGUUGCAUUUGCACUAAUGUCAUUUAUACUAGCAACGCUCCAAAGUCGUUCUGUGGCUGUCGGCAACCAAAUACCCUCUGAUGUGUUUGUGUACGAGGAAACAGCCCACUCUGUUUGUGUGUAAUGUAUAUAAAUGUUGCUCUGUAUAACAUAUAUUAAACCACAGGAGUGUUGAUUAUAGAAAUAAGAUCAGGGCUUGGUUUCUCCAAAGUGUCCUCGUGCUUCGACUCUUUGUCACUUUACAUGCCUGUGGGCAAAUACAAACUUUAGUUUGGAGCUUUCGGGAAACCAAGCCGCCUGACCUGUGAGACCAGCCAGUGUUACUGCAUCUCCGGUCUGUAUGACGCAUCCUCAAGCUGGUGUGAUCACUCUGGUGCCCUCUACUGUUAGGAGUGGGAUCAGCACGGUGCAGACGGACAGGAGGCGCACUAGUUAACCUUCAACAGUAUUACUUACUACCACUAUUAAUAAAGGUCUUAUUACUAUGAAUGACUGUAUUGUUGACAUUAAAAAAGGGUUGGCUGCAGGGCUGAGAAUGAAUACAUAAUCAAUGUAGGAUCAAACCUGGCCAAUGCUUUUUAACUGUUUGUGUUUCAUUUUUUUAAGAGAUGAAAUGUAGAGUUUGAUGUAUUUUGCACAUGUUCCACCAAACGGUGAACAUAAGGACUUUCUGUAUUCUUGAGCGACUUCACAUGUCCUCAUCAGCUCCAUUCUUUCGACUUUGAUUUCAAACAAAGCACUUGAAAUGGUUCCAAACAUUUGAAACAGCUUCAUCCUCCCUUUUCAUUGUGGAGCAUUUGAACUGUGUCGAGCAGAGAGAUCAUCUGCAUGAUGAAAUGUCACCUGCUGUCAUCGGCAACUGACUGAGUGUGCACUGCAGUAUUUAAUGAUAGAUACCUGGAUACCAGAGAAGCCUGCCAGCUGUUGAUUCCAGAUGCAUUUGCUCUGUUUAUACUCCAUGUUGGAGAAACUGUGUUGUUGCAGUCACUCUCCAGGCUAUGAACUGUGACAUAUUUCUUCAUACUGUCUGGGACAGUUUCACAUCAAAUGUUUUAUGGCAAUCUAAGUUCAGUAUUUAAUAUUUGACUAUAGAAAGCUUAUGGACAUUACAUAUUUUCUUAAUCUUUAAAUGCAUUCUUUGCAUUUCAGAGCAGCUCUGAGAGUUCAGCUGUGGGAUUGACUUUAUGUAAAAUGCAUCAGUGACUGUCCAGGUUUGUCGUGCAUGAACCCGUCACUUAUGCACCUCACGUUGAGCAAUAUCCGUUUAACAAAUAGCAGCUCCUUCUGUCAGCUCACAUUCAGAGUCAAUCAAUCCAUGAACUAUACAUGUCAGCUUACAUCACAUUUAAAUGCAUCAUUGACUUACUGGGAGAAUAAGACUAUAACACAAGCCUCAAUGUUCCAAUGAUCGUGCAUGUCCAGAAGCUAAUAGUUCCAAAAUGCUGCAGUGUAUCCCCUGCAUUAGAUUUCAUGGAGUAACCAGGAGGAAUAUGAAUACUUACUGCUAAUAUGAUGGCUGAAGUCAAUCUCUCAUCUGAAGUACAGAUGUUUCUGAGACAAUACUUUACAAAAUCAUUACUCUCUAACAUUGAAAAUGUAAGCAAAUCUAGUGAUGGAAUCUGCAGCUGCCACAGACGCUCUGACCACAUUUCACUUCUCGAUAAGCAGCGCUGCUGUCCCGUUCUGUUGCCUCUGACUGACAGGGUCAUGUUCAGGGCUGCUGUUCUGACUCAUCUUUAUUUUGUCGUCUUUGUUCUGAUAAUUUUUCCCCACACACAUUUAGAGGCUGUUCCGUAAAGCUGACUGAACGCCUGUUGUAUUCUGUUAAAACGCUCCACAGUUGGUUUUGGACUUUGUGCCCGGCAUUUGCCUUGGUUAUUUUCCAACAAUUGAAUGUCAGAAAUAAAAUUAACCACUCCACUCUGGA